AUGGCUCUGAAAUAUGGCAGGAUGAGCUUUAGUCAUGUAGUUAUUACAGAAAAGGACCUUCGAGGCGCAGUAACCAAAAUAUGUGACCAUAUUGGAAAGAAGUUAUCUGACGAGGCCCUCCACAAAACUGUUGAUCAUUGUACUUUCGAGAAAAUGAGUCAAAACCCAAUGGCAAAUUUUACAGGUCUCGAAGACUUUGAUCAAAAUAUAUCCAAGUUUAUGAGAAAAGGUUGCGUUGGUGAUUGGAUGAAUCACUUUACAGUUGCGCAGAACAAACUUAUAGAUGCAGUAUUGAAAGAUGCAUUGAAUAGUUCGGGAUUGGAGUUUGACUACGAACCGACAGAAGUUGAUGAACAGUAACAUGCAAAAAGGGUCUAAAUAGAAAAAUAAUGCAAUAUUUUUUAUAAACAAGAGGCUAAAUUAUGUCAACUAAAGAUAAAAACCACGCACAAAUUAUUUAAAUAUUGACAAAAAAAUGACUUAUGUUUGGUUCUUUUAAGAAAUAAUAUAGUGUUGCGGAUUUGAUUUUAAAAUUGCUGAUUGGCAAUCAAGCCGUCGAACGUUUCCAAUAUCUUGGUAGGCCUAUCAAGAUUUAUACAUCGCUUUGUUAGAUUGCACAUGUGAACAAACUACAUGUCUCUUUUUGAUUAUUGUGAUUUUCUUUGAGAAUAUUGAAAAUAGUUAUGUGGAUAAAUUACCAAAAAAGCAGAAUAUAGCAGUACGAGUUAUUGCUAAUGCUGAUCAAAGCCUAAAGUCAGAAUUAAUCUGGUAGAAAGAAAAAUUAAUUUUAGGAAACAGUGACAUGUUUAUUGAUAUUGUAUUGUCUUUUAGGAUAACGGUAUAUUGUAUUUUUUUUUUUUUUUUUUUUUUUUGUGAUUCAAUUUAAUUUCAUUGGGUUCCAUGGGAGAAAAAUAAUUUUAUUGAAGAAGUAACAUAGUUUAUACAAUAAUCCAAAAGAUAAGUGCGCUCUCUAUUUUGCAGCCAUGGCUUGAGUCCCAUGGAUGCAUGCCAUGACCAUCUACAGUGGUGUAAAGUAUUUUGAGUCAAUUGUGAUGAAAACAGCAUGCUGAUAAUACUGUAAUUUUAAUAUUUAUAUUGUAGCAGAUGAUGCUUAAGUAGCUCUGCUAGAGAUUGAUACGCGCGCCAAAUAAGAUGACAUUAAUAUUAUUAUUAUCAUCAUCAUCAUCAUCAUCAUCCGCACCGGAAGCUUCUAACUAGUGCGUCUACAGAGGGAGAAUGAUCACUGGAAAUGUAUCUUAAAAAGUAAUAUACAGAUAAAUAAAUAUUGGGCACAUUGCUAAAGCCAACGA